CCUUGGCUGGUCUAGAAUUUGCCUAGUAGACCAGGUUGGCCUCAGAAUCAGAGAUGCACCUGUCUCUGUCUUGGAGUUUUGGGAUUAAAGGUGUGUGCCCCAUGCCCCACCUGUGGGUCUGUUUUGACUGCUCUUUCUGGUCCUGCAGCACCAUGAGGCUUGCCACAAUCCUUGUCUUUUGCUCUUUAUUUGUGGGAGUCAGUGGUGAUGGCUGGUAUUCGUUCUUCAAGGAAGCCAUACAAGGGACUUGGGACUUGUGGAGAGCCCAUCGGGACAAUCUAGAAGCCAAUUACCAAAAUUCAGACAGAUAUUUCUAUGCUCGGGGAAACUUUGAGGCCCAACAAAGAGGAGCUGGGGGCGUCUGGGCUGCUAAAAUAAUCAGCACCAGCAGGAAAUACUUUCAGGGUCUCCUAAACCGAUAUUAUUUUGGAAUGAAGGACCAUGGAUUGGAAAGCCUGGAAUCUACCCGGAAAGCCGAGGAAUGGGGUCGAAGUGGCAAAAACCCUAAUCACUUCAGACCCCAGGGCCUGCCUGAGAAGUUCUGAGCCUGCUGCACAGGCUGCACUGAGGAGACUAGGCUGUGAGCCUCAUCCCUCUCCCCUUGACAGGAUGUCACUGGUGUCCACAGGAAUCACAGAGAAGCUAGAGAUGCCCACCAAAUACUUGUGGAUGGAAUUUGUUGAUGGAAAUGUGGAACUGUCAGAAAUAACUUUCUGGGAAGAAUUGCUAUGUAUCACACAGAAGGUAAGUAGAGGAGGAGCUGUGACCACCAGGAAGUAGCCUGAAACCAUGCAGGCCCCUCACCCCACCCCACCAAAUCUGCUCUAGCCUUUAGCCACACCAGCUUCCCCUGACAAGCAGGCCUGAGGUAGUAGAGUGUUGUCAGCCAUGUCAGCCGCCUCCACAAGUGAAAUUUACUCUGAGAGGUGCCCUGGUCAGCUGUCCAUAAACUCCUCCUUGAUAUAGAUCAGAUGUGUUUCCCUAUUCCCAACAUCUUCUGGUCAUACCAGGGCCUCGAUGUUGUGCUAUUGUUGUUAGCAGGCUUUUCUGUGUAGUGAUGUCACUUUGUUUAUCA